AUGGAAUCAGAUGAGAAUGUUAUUGAUACAACAAAUCCUUUGUAUCAAUUAUUAGAAAAGCAAGCAACGGAAUUUGAAUUGUUCGGUCAACGUUUAAAAUCCGAAAUACAAAAUUCCUAUCGAGAAUUUAUCAAACUUCAAAAAUCAAAAUCAAUGCAAAUUGUUAAUUCUCAUACCGAUCAAACAACUAAUAUGUCGAAUACACAAAUGAUCAUGACUUCAAAUCGUGAUAUUUCUAAAAACGAGGAAUUAAGGACAGAAUUAGAUUCUUUGAAAGCUCGUAUUGAAGAAUUGGAAACGGAUUCAAUUAUUAAAAAUCAAGAUAUAGAAAAGCAAAAAUCUGAAAUUAAACAACUUAAAGAUGAAUUAAAUAAAAAUGAUACAACAGAUAUAAAAAAAUUGAAUCAAGAAAUUAAUGAAUUAAAUGAGUUUAAAUAUAAUUUUAUGAAUUUAUUUGAUUUAUUUGGUUCCGAGUUAUCGGAAUUAAAAAUUAAAUUAGAACAAAAGGAAAUGUUAGGUGAUAGUUUAUUAGCUGAAAAACUUCAAUUAAAUGAAAUUAAUAAUGAUAACCUGAUGCCUAAUUAUGACGAGACAUUUAAUUUGAGCAAUGAAUCUGAACCUGAAGAUGAUGAAGAUCCUGUCAAAUUGUUUGGAAACAGAUCGUUCGGAUAUCCUGUAGUUUCACAUGAAAAGAAUCCUAAACAAUUUACUAGACAGAACACAAUACAGGCACUAUCACCCUCUACUCAAUUCCUUUCUGGGUCUCAAUCACAGUCGAGUCCUUUACAACCCUUUACUCAACCCGUUUCUAGCGUUCCUAGGUUUCAACCACAUCAGGUUCCUGCACAGCACGUUACUAAUCCCUUUUCUGGGUUUCAAUUACAGUCCUCUCAGGUUGCUUCACAACCUCCGGUUUCUCCAUUCCACACUUCUAAUAGAAAUAAUAAUCCUCCACCACCUCCUCCAAAUCCAUAUCGAACAUCUCGCGCUUUUACCGGUGCUCGCAAAAAAUUUUAA